UUAAUUACCCAUUGUACCAGAAACACACAAUUCCCAUUGCCUAUUCUUUUUUCGGGUUUUGGGCGUUGCCGCCGGUGAUGCUAUUAGGGGUUCAAUAGUCUUUUCAAACUUAAUGAUUUAGCAGAUGUUAGGCCUAAUGGGUGUUAGCAGAUGUUAAUGGCAGCAGCCUAGAGAGUAACGACAUUAUACUCUCUGCUACUAGCUUCUCCAUCUUCUCCUAUCUUUUGUCUCCCUUUGCUUUGAAACCCACAAAUCUAUCGAAUCGUAAACAGAUUUACCGUACCCUAAAGAUGGUUGUGGAUAGCGAAGUGGUCACAAUGGGUAUGCUCAUAGUGGCCACUCUGGUUGUGGCUAAGCUUGUAUCAGUGCUUAUAAUGCCACGAUCUGGCAAGCGUCUUCCACCUGUGGUAAAAGCUUUCCCCUUCAUUGGGGGAUUGAUCCGUUUCUUGAAAGGUCCAAUUGUGAUGCUCCGCCAAGAGUACCCAAAGCUUGGCAGUGUGUUCACAUUGAACCUUUUGCACAAGCACGUCACUUUCUUGAUUGGUCCUGAAGUUUCAGCCCACUUCUUCAAGGCCCCCGAGUCUGAUCUUAGCCAGCAGGAGGUUUACCAGUUCAAUGUGCCCACUUUUGGACCUGGAGUUGUGUUUGAUGUUGAUUACUCGGUGCGCCAAGAACAGUUUCGCUUCUUCACCGAGUCUCUUCGAGUGAACAAACUUAAGGGUUAUGUGGAUCAGAUGGUUACAGAAGCAGAGGAUUACUUCUCUAAAUGGGGAGAUAGUGGUGAAGUGGACCUAAAGUUUGAACUGGAGCAUCUAAUUAUAUUGACGGCCAGCAGAUGUCUCCUGGGUCGAGAAGUUCGUGACAAGCUCUUUGAUGAUGUUUCUGCCUUGUUCCAUGACCUUGACAAUGGGAUGCUUCCAAUCAGUGUCAUCUUUCCAUACCUACCCAUCCCAGCUCACCGCCGCCGUGACCAGGCACGGAAGAAGCUAGCAGAAAUCUUUGCAAACAUCAUAGCUUCUCGCAAGCAGAGUGGAAAAUCAGAGAAUGACAUGCUGCAGUGCUUCAUUGAGUCGAAGUACAAAGAUGGUCGCCCAACAACUGAAGCUGAGGUGACUGGAUUGCUCAUUGCUGCUCUCUUUGCAGGACAGCAUACGAGUUCUAUCACCUCGGCUUGGACCGGGGCCUAUCUCCUCUGUAACGAGCAGUACCUAUCUGCUGUGUUGGAGGAGCAGAAGAACCUGAUGGAAAAGCAUGGGAAGAGGGUGGAUCAUGAUAUCCUGUCUGAAAUGGAUGUCCUUUACCGGUGUAUUAAGGAGGCUCUGAGGCUGCAUCCCCCACUAAUUAUGCUUAUGCGAAGUUCACAUAGUGAUUUUAGCGUACAAACCCGAGAUGGAAAAGAAUAUGACAUUCCGAAGGGCCACAUAAUUGCCACAUCACCUGCUUUUGCUAACCGGCUUCCUCAUAUUUACAGCAACCCAGAUAGGUAUGAUCCUGACAGAUUCGCAGCUGGGAGAGAAGAGGACAAGGUGGCAGGGGCUUUCUCAUAUAUCUCAUUCGGAGGUGGCAGGCAUGGGUGCCUUGGUGAGCCAUUUGCAUACUUGCAGAUAAAGGCAAUAUGGAGCCAUUUGCUGAGGAAUUUUGAGUUGGAGCUGAUAUCACCUUUCCCGGAGAUCGACUGGAAUGCCAUGGUGGUGGGUGUGAAGGGAAAGGUGAUGAUUCGAUACAAACGAAGGGAACUUUCCAUUAACUAAUGGCUAAGGGUGUCUUGGUACUUCAACAUUAACUGCUAUGUAGGACGUUUUUGGGCCCUCUUCCGUAUGUCGUCUAUUUUAUCUUUGAAAAAGGCGUGCUUUUAUUGUGACCAUUGCUGAUGUUUAGUUGCCAUAAUAUAUUUAUGAUGAUGAAUGAAGUUUUCUUCCAGUUUUUUCA